CUACAUGCCUAUGAUGAGGUAGAGAGAAUGUAACAAAGGACUGGCACAUAGUAAGCACUGGUGGCAUGCGGCUCUGUCCUCCAGCGUGUGGGCUCUGUGUUUUUUCUCUCUCUCUCUCUCUCUCACACACACACAUAGGAAGCCAGGCUCCCCUCUGCCCUCAGUUACCCGUGGUUCACAAAAUAGCAAAUAUUAGGAGCACUGGAAUAGGAGCUCUCCAUCCUGGUUUGAGUCUUUCCAGCUGGGGCAGUUUAGCCUUUGCAGAAUUUCUCAAGGGUAACAUCAGCAUAACGACCUCUGUCUGUAAGCCCGUGAGUAGAUACUGUAAAGUGCUGUGCUCAUGCGAGGGAUCAGGUCUGACUUGGGAAACUAAAAGCAUCUUCAUGGAGCAAGGGUGCUCCUCCAGUGGGGGCGCUCAGUGAGUUCUGCGGUGUGGGUGACAGUAUUCUUGUGUGGACACUCAUGUGUUGAUUGGGGUAAAUGGCCCUCUUUUGCCUGGUUUUCUGCCUCGGUCAUUGUGCAUCUGCUGACUGAACCUGCCUUUCGGUCCUAGUAAGGUACAGAUUUCAGGAAAAGUGUACCUGGCCCUGGGGGUGGCCCACCUUUGUGUGACGGCUUCAAGCACAGUGUGUCUUGAGGGGGCCUGACUCCAUCUGAAAAGUGCCUGUCUGGAUGUACCUGUCUAUAACCAUGGACCUGCCCUCCAAGUAGGAGCUGUGGCGCGGUGCCUUCCAGGAGUCUGAGCUAUGAGUGGCCCCUGUGGAGAGAAACCUGUCCUGGAAGCCAGCCCCACCAUGAGUCUGUGGGAAUUUGAGGACAGCCACAGCCGUCAGGGCACCCCCAGGCCGGCUCAAGAGCCAGCCGCUGAGGAGGCCUCGGCUGUGGAAUUGCAGAUGAAGGUGGACUUUUUCCGGAAGCUGGGCUAUUCAUCCACGGAGAUCCACAGCGUCCUGCAGAAGCUGGGCAUCCAGGCAGACACCAACACGGUGCUGGGCGAGCUGGUGAAACACGGGACAGCCACCGAGCGGGAGCGCCAGGCCUCACCAGACCCCUGCCCUCAGCUCCCUCUAGUCCCGCGGGGUGGUGGCACCCCUAAGGCUCCCAACCUGGAGCCUCCACUCUCAGAAGAGGACAAGGAGGGCAGCGACCUGAGACCAGUGGUCAUCGAUGGGAGCAACGUGGCCAUGAGCCAUGGGAACAAGGAGGUCUUCUCCUGCCGGGGCAUCCUGCUGGCGGUGAACUGGUUUCUGGAGCGGGGCCACACAGACAUCACAGUGUUUGUGCCAUCCUGGAGGAAGGAGCAGCCUCGGCCCGAUGUGCCCAUCACAGACCAGCACAUCCUGCGGGAACUGGAGAAGAAGAAGAUCCUGGUGUUCACACCGUCACGACGCGUGGGUGGCAAGCGGGUGGUGUGCUAUGACGACAGAUUCAUUGUGAAGCUGGCCUACGAGUCUGAUGGGAUAGUGGUUUCCAACGACACGUACCGCGACCUCCAAGGCGAGCGGCAGGAGUGGAAGCGCUUCAUCGAGGAGCGGCUGCUCAUGUACUCCUUCGUCAAUGACAAGUUUAUGCCCCCUGAUGACCCACUGGGCCGGCACGGGCCCAGCCUGGACAACUUCCUGCGUAAGAAGCCACUCACUUUGGAGCACAGGAAGCAGCCGUGUCCCUAUGGGAGGAAAUGCACCUAUGGGAUCAAGUGCCGAUUCUUCCACCCAGAGCGGCCAAGCUGCCCCCAGCGCUCUGUGGCAGAUGAGCUCCGUGCCAAUGCUCUCCUCUCACCCCCCAGGGCCCCAAGCAAGGACAAAAGUGGCCGGCGGCCUUCACCUUCAUCCCAGUCCAGCUCUCUGCUAACAGAGAGUGAGCAGUGCAGCCUGGAUGGGAAGAAGCUGGGGGCCCAGGCAUCCCCAGGGUCCCGCCAAGAGGGUCUAACACAGACCUAUGCCCCAUCAGGAAGGAGCCUCGCACCUAGCGGGGGCAGUGGCAGCAGCUUCGGGCCCACAGACUGGCUCCCGCAGACCCUGGACUCACUCCCGUACAUCUCCCAGGAUUGCCUGGACUCGGGCAUUGGCUCCCUGGAGAGCCAGAUGUCAGAACUUUGGGGGGUUCGAGGAGGAGGCCCUGGUGAGCCGGGCCCACCCCGAGCCCCGUACACGGGCUACAGUCCCUAUGGAUCUGAGCUCCCAGCCACUGCGGCCUUCUCUGCCUUUGGCCGGGCCAUGGGUGCUGGCCACUUCAGUGUCCCUGCCGACUACCCACCCCCGCCCCCUGCCUUUCCACCUCGAGAGUACUGGUCUGAACCGUACCCACUGCCCCCACCCACACCAGUCCUUCAGGAGCCCCCAGUGCAGAGCCCAGGGGCUGGCAGGAGCCCGUGGGGCAGGGCAGGCAGCCUGGCCAAGGAGCAGGCCAGCGUGUAUACCAAGCUGUGUGGUGUGUUUCCCCCGCACCUGGUGGAGGCUGUGAUGGGGCGCUUCCCGCAGCUCCUGGACCCCCAGCAGCUGGCUGCCGAGAUCCUCUCCUACAAGUCCCAGCACCCCAGUGAGUAAGCUGCCUGCGGCUGGCAAGGGCAGCACCCCCAGCCUCCAAGGGCCAUCAGGCUGGGCCUUGGGCCAUCGAGCAGCCCAUUCCCAGCCCUGAGGCCCACCCCGGAGGCUGGACAGAGGGAGGAUUCAAGUCGGGAAGGAAACCCACAAACCAAAGAUACUGUAGGAUUGGUUCUGGCCCAUGCAGCACCUCUAGCUGUCUGCCUCAGUGGGUCAGAAGCGAUCACCCUGUUGAUACACAUUGUAUCUCUGUAGUUUAAGGAGACGCUGCCGGUAACGGCGUCAGUCGGUGGCUGAGGCCCAAACCGUCUUUUCUCUCAGAGGGUGGGGAGGGAGGUGGGGGCAGCAGAGGCCUGGGCUGGGUGCCCUGUGCACGCCACCCCACUUCCGCCCUACCCCUGGGACGUUGGCCUUGGCUGGCUAGUUGGGCACCGUGUGCCUGCCCUCCAAGGGCCUCCUCUACGCCAAUGAGGCCUCAUCUGUGCUCUCGCUGGGCACGUGGCUUCAUGUCAGUAAGCAAGAUGCUUCUUAAUAACCCACCUUCUGCCCCACUCUGUUCCUUAUCCUGCUGCCCCUGUAGGGGUCAAGAGCCCUCUGUCUACACCCUCUUCUUCUCCUCCAUCCUUUAUUCAGAGUCAUCUCGCUCUUCCCCACGGGUGGGGGAACCUGUGUAUGUUUGUGUGCACAUGUAAAUUUUAAAUAUUUUAAGCAGAAAGUCCUUACCUCCUGUAACACAUCAAUAAAGUACAAUCAUUGUGAGCCCUUUCAA